GAACCACCAAAGCGUGAAAAACCUGCCGUUAUUGAAGAGCGAUCUGGUUUAAUCCAGUUCAAAGUGGUUACAAAUGACAAUAAUCCUGAGUCUUUGGUAAUUUUGACUGGUCUGAAGCAUAUUUUUAUGAAGCAGCUACCAAAAAUGCCCCGAGAAUAUAUCACGCGUUUGGUUAUGGAUCGCCAUCACUGGAGCAUGGCCAUUGUUAAAAGGGGAUUGCAGGUGGUUGGUGGUAUAACAUACCGGCCAUUUCCACAUCGUAAAUUUGCAGAAAUUGUAUUCUGUGCUAUCUCAAGUACUGAGCAGGUGAAGGGGUAUGGCUCACAUUUGAUGAACCAUCUUAAAGACCAUGUCAAGGAUGUGUCUCCUGUGAAGCAUUUCCUUACCUACGCCGACAAUUAUGCAAUCGGUUACUUCAAAAAGCAGGGGUUUACGAAAGAAAUUUCACUUUCACGCUCCGUGUGGGUGGGCUACAUUAAAGACUACGAGGGAGGCACAUUGAUGCAAUGUACCAUGGUGCCCCGUAUACGAUAUUUGGAAGUACAGGACUUCCUAGCUGCGCAGAAACGCUUGAUCCAAGCGCGUAUUAGUUCAUUUUCAAGCUCUCACAUUGUAUACCCCGGGCUUGAUAUCUUCAAGAAAUCUAAAGACCAUAAGCCGUCAAAUUCCCCAUGUAACCAGCUUGAGCUUGUUGUUCAACCGUCUGAAGUUCCUGGGUUGGAUAAGACGGGCUGGACUCCAGAAAUGGAUGAAUUGGCUCGCCGUUCGAAGCGUGGACCUCAUUUCACGGCCAUGCGUCAUAUCCUGGUUGAAUUAAACGGACAUGCAAGUGCUUGGCCUUUCGUCGCUCCUGUGAAUGCGGCAGACGUACCCGACUACUACACAGUCAUUACCAAUCCAAUGGAUUUAUCCACAAUGGAGAACAAAUUAGAAAACAACCAAUAUGAAACAGUCGACGAUAUGUAUUUGACAAUUGUAAACUUUACAACCCAGCCUCUUCACCGUAUGCCAAGUGUGCUGUGA